AUGGGGGCGGAUUGGGGGCAGCGUGGUCGCUGUGCGCAGUUGGGCUCGCGGCCCUUUGCGGCGUCGCCGUACCUCCUUCUCCUCGUCGUAUUUCUGCUGCUGCUGUCUCUGUUGCCCCCGCACAGCGCAGCCGCCCAGUCCGCAGCAGCUCCUGACACCCCAGUGAAGGUGCUGCUGCUUAAGCGAAAUGAUCUUGGCCCAUUCAGCUUUAUGUCUAAUGCUUUUUACGCCGGCGUGCACGCCUCGCUGAGGGCGCACAACUCCACGGCUGCGGGCGACGUUCUUACUGAACUUGUUGAGCGGGAAUCAGACGGGGCGGGAGUCGCCACCGUUCUGGAGGACGUGAUGCAGAAGGAACAGGACAUUCUCACUCUUCUGGCAGAGUUCGGUGAUACGUACUUGGGAAAGGUGCUUUCAGUCUUGCCUAGCUUUGACCUCGUCUCUUUUGCCCCGUUCACUGGGUCGAACUUCCUGCGUGGGUGGAACCCCAACGUGUACUUUGUGCGCGUCAGCCCUGUGUCCGAGCUGCAGGCAAUUAUCCGCUACGCCGUGACUCAGCUGCGGGUGCUUCGGCUUGGCUUCAUGUACCUGCUGGAUGAAUACUUCGAUGAAACGGACUAUGGGCAGGCACAGCGUGUGCUGUCGGGGAUGGGCUACGAGUUCUGCUACGUCUUCGCCGUGAAACCCGUCUCGACUGGUGAGGCCAACUCCAAAGAGUUCGACGAUGAGUGGGAGCAAUUUGUUGCGACUCAGCCGCAGGCUGUGAUUAUGUUUGGCGCGCCGACGGCAAGCACCGCGCAAUUCAUUAAGAGGAUGCUGGAGGACGAGCGCACCGCCGGCGCGUACCUGCUGACCCCCUUUAUGUUUCAGCCAUUUGUUUUGCAAGCUUGGCGUGCUGCCGUGGGUGGUGGUGCGAAGUUUGUGCCCGGGCAGGUGAUCGCGACGGGGACGAACCCGCUGGCGAAGGACGCAAGUUACGACGCCAUCCGUCGCUUCCAGGCGGUGAUGCGGGAGUACCUGAAGAACAGCGGGCAGAGGGACUACAAGGACACGGAGCAUUUCCUCAACAAUGACGAUGACGGCGAGAUGAUGGUUGAUGGGUGGAUUGCCGGCGAGGUGCUGGCGCAGGCGCUGAGGAACUGGUAA